AUGGCACAGUGGUGGACUUUGCUCACUUUUAUUUUCCUGUGCAGCCCCUGUGCAGCCAGUCAGCACCACAGGAAAGCUCUGUAUCCAUCUGCAUACAGGAUAAAACGUGGAACAUAUUCACUCAUCAACCCCACAUUCCAGCAGUCAGUGGAGGACAUCGAGCUGCUUUUUGAGAUUCUGCUGGCUGGAAUGCAGAUCCAAGGUGAUAAACACACCCUGCUGAUCCCGGAUGAGGAGCUGGCCUCCCUGAGAAGUGUUGAAAAGUUGGAAGUCAUCUGUGAGGAUGUACUCCCUAAAAGCCUCUCUGACAUCCGCCGUCUGACGGCCGAGCUCACCCAGCGGCGCCAACCACUGAGCUGGCAGGACUUUGAGAGGACAGUGCUGACACUAGUGUACAUCACCCAGACACUGGCUCAAAUCAGUAACAAGCACCAGAGAGAGAUGUGGACCGACACCCUAGUCCAGCUGUUCCGAGCUGUUCAUAGAGACCUCAAACCCUUCUGAGGAAAGAAGAAGUCGUUACAU